AUGAUCGGACGCGGUCGAGGACGUGGUAGAGGUGGAGUAGGACGAGGAGUUCGGAUUCCUGACGCUCAAGUUCCUGCUGCUCACGAACGCAUUGAGGAAGAAGCCGAAGAGACUCCUGAAGCACCUGCUCCUUCUUCAAGAGCACAGGUAGACGCGCGAACCACGGGAAUCUUAGAGAAGAAGAGACCCACCUGGGACGACAGUGAUGACGAUGGACCGCCAGUGAGUGGAAUGCAAAAUCUCAACACGAACGAUGAGGAGAAAGUGGAACGAAGUGAAUUUGGUGGCGGCAGCGGAUUCCAGCCAAAGUCAGACGGUGGUUUCAACUCCGGUGAUUCUGGACGAGGAGGACGUGGCGGCAGCUUCGGAGGAGGUCGAGGAUCCCGAGGAGGCGGCAGCUAUGGCGGUGACCGUGGAGGACGAGGCGGUGGAUAUUCGAAUGGCGGCGGCUAUGGAGGCGGCUAUGGAGGUGACUCACGAGUCAGCACUUUCGACAACCAAAAUGGACCGGUUAAUGCCGAAAGAGGUGGCCGUGGAAGCCGAGGCGGCUUUGGUGGCGAUCAUCGAGGCGGAGUUCAUACGGACCGCGGAGGUCGUGGAAGCCGAGGAGGCUACGGCUCUGACCGAGGAGGAUACGGCAGCCGUGGUGGGGAAUCGAGCGGCUAUAAUCCUGGUAGCAGCAACAGAGGAGGCCGAGGCGGAGGCUUUCAGAGUGGAGGAGACCGAGGCGGCUUCGAUGGUGGAAAUCGAGGCGGUUACCAGGGUGGUGACUCCGAUCGAGGCGGACGAGGUGGAUAUCGCGGAAGCCGAGGAGGUUCGAGCUUCGGAGACAGCGGACGAGGAAGCCGCGGUGGCCGAGGAGGCGGAUACGGCAGCAGCGGUGGAUACGGAAGCAGCGGUGGAUACGGUGACUCCAAUGGUGAAUCUUCACGAGGUGGAGGCUACGGCGGUCGAGGAGGUCGCGGUGGUGGCUACGGCGACUCAAAUAGCGAUUCCGGCCGUGGAGGUUACGGUAGUCGAGGUGGCAGAGGCGGCUUCAGUAGCGGUGGUGGUUAUGGCGACUCCAAUGGUGACUCUGACCGUGGAAGCUUCGGUGGCCGAGGAGGUCGCGGCGGUGGUCGAGGAGGCUUCAAUUCUGGAAGCGACUCUGGUGGUUUCGGCGGCGGUCGUGGAGGCGGCCGUGGCGGCUACGGUUCCGGUGGCGAUUCAGGUCGAGGAGGCCGCGGUGGUUCGUUUGGCCGCGGAGGGUCUUUCGGAGGUGGAAGCUCUGGAGGCUUUGGUGGCGGCCAGAGCGACGGAGGAAACACCUCAACAGGCUUCGGAAAUGCUGGAGGAAGUGGUGCGAUGGGAGGUCCAAUCUACGGCGGCCACGAAUCGAAUUUAGAUGACCUCUACAACAACUGCACUAACACGGGUCUCAACUUCGAUGAAUACUUCAAUGAUGACGUUGAGAUCAAUGUCACAGCCUAUGACAAGAAAAAUAACGAAUCAAAAUGCGUCAAGGCUGACUAUUUCGCGCAGACUUUCGACGACAUGGCUCUUUGCUCGGAAAUUCGAGAGAACUUGUGUCGAAUGAAGUACACAAAGCCGACCCCUAUCCAGCAAUACGCCGUAAAAAUCCUUGGCGAAGGAACUGACCUGAUGGCCACCGCCCAAACCGGAUCUGGAAAGACUGCAGCAAUGAUGAUUCCAAUCAUCAAUUACUUCAAAGCGAGCAACAUCGGAAGCCGAGGUUACAAUGCGUGCCAAAAGGUCGACUGCAUCGUGGUUGCUCCAACAAGAGAACUGGCCACUCAAUUAUACGAUGAGUGCUACAAGUUCUGCGGCAAAAACACUGGCGUUGUUCCUGGUCUUUGCUACGGUGGAACUGGCACUCGAGAGCAGGCGCAGCGAAUCCGCGAAGGAUGCAACAUCGUCAUCGGUACUCCUGGUCGCCUGAAAGACUUCCUUGAGCGAGGUGUCAUCGACGCCAGUGACUGUCAGUUCCUGGUACUCGAUGAAGCGGAUCGCAUGCUUGAUCAAGGUUUCGGCCCUGAUAUCGAUCAGAUCAACGUCUACCUUCCCAAAAAAGACAGUGGUGCCCGAACCACCGCGAUGUUUUCGGCGACAUUCGAUGCUCAAAUUCAGCAGCAAGCCACAAGAAUUCUGAACGAGAACUACAUCUUCAUGUCGAUCGGAAUGAUCGGUGGAGCCAACAAACAAGUCAAGCAAGAGUUCGAGCAGCUCCAAAAGCGCGAAAAGCUCAACCGAGCUACCGAGAUUUGCAGACAACACGUUGGCAAGCGCACGCUUAUCUUCGUAGCGACCAAGUUAUUCGCUGACUCGCUUGGGUCGAUUCUGGUCGGAAAUGGCAUCAAAGCAACAACAAUCCACGGCGACCGACAACAACGCGACCGAGAGCAGGCAAUCAACGACCUCAAGGCUAAACGAAUGGACGUCUUGGUCGCCACUGACGUUGCUGCCCGAGGUAUCGAUAUUGAUGAUGUGGAGAUUGUCAUCAAUUUCGACUUCCCGUCGGAGUUGGAAUCCUACAUCCAUCGAAUUGGUCGAACUGCUCGAAAGGGAAAGAAAGGAUUGGCCAUCACCUUCAUCGAUACAAUGAAGGAUCGACAACACGCGACUUCUUUGGUCAAGAUCUGCAAUGACGCAGGCCAACCUGUACCCCCAUUCCUGGCUGAAAUGGCUGGCGGUGGCGGCGGAGGAUCAUACGGAGGCCGAGGCGGCUUCGGAGCGGCCUCGGAUCAUCGCGAGAACAAUGCUCACAUCAAUCAGCCAGGAGCAUCUUCUGUUCCUCUCGGCGACUACGUGCCUGACGCUGAUGCCUGGUUCGGAAGCAAAGUAGCUAGCGAAGAGCCAAACUUCGAGGUCAUGGAAGAGAGCAGCGAAAACGCGCAGAAUCUUAUUCAGCAGCAGGAAACCCAGCUCAAAUCAAAAUAUGGAAAUUUGGAGAAGAAACGGGGCUCAGCGAUGCUUAAUAAGAAGCUACGUGGAUCUUCGAAGAAAUACUUUGAUUCCGGCGACUACAUUAUGGAACGUGACCGCUCGGUAUCGAAACCGAUGAAGAAUCGACCACCUCAGCUCGUGCUCAAAGACAUUCAAACGAGCGCCGAAAACUUGCCACCGGUUUUGUCGGAAGAAGGAAGUAGCCCGAUCAGACGAAAUAGUCCCGGAAUGUCGCCGCUGAUCAAAAACGCGCCCACCGAGCCGCUCUUCACCAAAUAA